AUGCUCUCCUUUCGCAGUUUUAAGGACCCUCCGCAGCUACGACCCCAGCCCACCAGCCUUUGGCCCCGCAGCCACGGCGUUUUGAAACAGGGGCUCCGUGGAUCUGGGCAAGCGAAGGCAAAAAGCAAAAAGAAGUUUUCUGAGGUAUGGACCGGGGCCGGUCGGCUCCGCUUUCUGCCCGCGGACCGCCUGACGCUCCGGCUGCUGCUACCGUGCUGUCCGCCCCGCCGGGCAGCCCAGCGGAGGCGACUGACAGCUAAACCGAGACGAGGAGGGAAGUUCCCCACCCCGCCUUUCCCCAGGGAGACAUCCCCGGGGAGCUUGGUCUGCCGGAGCAGCCGGCAGCGGCCGGCGCGGGGAGGCGCGGAGGUUCCGCAGCUCGGCUGGGCGGCCCGGGCGUGGCGGAGAGGGGUGGGCGCCGCGGCCGGAGCGGCUGCCCCGGCGGAGGAAGCGGUGGGGGCGCGGGGCUCCGCGCUCAGCCCGGCUGGUCCCGCUGCUGCCCGGGAUCGGCUGGCGGCGCGUCCUGCGAGCGGCGAGUCCCUGCGCGGCGUUACCGCCGAGCCACCCGUUCCUCCCUUCCUCCCGCCGCCCCUCUCGGCGCUGGCGGGGCGAGCGCCCCUGUCUCUCUCUCGCAGCGGUCCGCGGUGCCUGGGAGCGGCGGCUCCGCUUUUCGCGCGCUGUAACUUUGGCCGUUGCGCGAGGAGGAGGAUGGAGGCGGGGGGAGGCCUGGCUGCGGCACCCCUCAACCAGUCCCGAGCUGGGGCAGAGUCGCCCCGUGGCGAGUUCAACCUCUCCGGGCUGCCGGAGGCGAAGCCCCUCUUUGGCAUCGGCAUCGAGAACUUUAUCACCUUGAUCCUCUUCGGCUUGAUCUUCACCCUGGGUGUGUUGGGCAACUCGCUGGUGAUAACGGUGCUGGCAAAGAGCAAGCCAGGGAAGCGCCGCAGCACCACCAACAUCUUCAUCCUCAACCUCAGCAUCGCCGACCUGGCCUACCUGCUCUUCUGCAUCCCUUUCCAGUCCACAGUCUACGUGCUCCCCACCUGGGUGCUGGGUGCCUUCAUCUGUAAGUUCAUCCACUACUUUUUCACUGUCUCCAUGCUGGUGAGCAUCUUCACGCUCUCGGCCAUGUCCGUGGACCGCUAUGUGGCCAUCGUGCACUCUCGACGCUCCUCGGCCUUGCGCAUUUCCCGCAAUGCGCUGCUGGGUGUGGGGCUCAUCUGGGUGCUCUCCUUCGCCAUGGCAUCACCUGUGGCUCACCACCAGCGCCUCUUCCACCGGGAGGACAUCAACCAGACCUUUUGCUGGGAGCACUGGCCCAACCCACGCCACAAGAAGGUGUACGUUGUUUGCACGUUUGUCUUCGGAUAUCUGCUCCCGUUGCUGCUCAUCUCCUUCUGCUAUGCCAAGGUUCUUAAUCAUCUGCAUAAGAAGUUGAGAAAUAUGUCAAAGAAGUCAGAAGCAUCCAAGAAAAAGACAGCACAGACAGUGUUGGUGGUGGUAGUGGUUUUCGGCAUCUCUUGGCUGCCUCAUCACGUGAUUCAUCUGUGGGCCGAAUUUGGAGUUUUCCCACUGACUCAAGCCUCCUUUCUCUUCAGAGUAACUGCACACUGCCUGGCUUACAGCAAUUCUUCUGUGAACCCGAUUAUAUAUGCAUUUCUCUCUGAAAAUUUUAGGAAGGCCUACAAACAAGUCUUCAAGUGCCAGAUAAGUAAUGAAUCGCCUCUGAACGAUGCUAAGGAAAACAAAAGUCGGAUAGAUACACCACCAUCUACCAACUGUACACAUGUGUGA